GAUUGCGAUAAAGUCACAACUCUCAAAUUCCAUAGAGUUUAGUUCAAUAAGUGUAUUAACUCCUCAAGUUGGGUAGUCGUUUUUUUGUUUAAAAAAAUGCAAAUACCACCUCCCCCGCCUCCUCCCCCUGGUGGAUCUGUAACGAUGGUGCCUGAACCCAGGAGUUCUCCAAUUUUGAUCGUGAUGAAUGUUAUAAAUUCUCUGACACAUAUGGUCUUGGGCGCAGUGGCUUGUAGUGCUUUCAUUCUUGUACAAGUUGGAAUAUGGAAUACGCAUUUCUCUCAGCAUGUCUAUUUGUGUGUUACAGGGUAUGUUAUUCUUAUGGCAGUAGCAAUAAUGGCAUAUGAUCCAAACACGAGCUGGUCAAGGAACCUCAAAUACCAAGAGAAGAGGAUCAGCCACAUUAUUCUCCAGACCGUGGGUUCAAUAUUGGCGAUUACCGGCAGUAUAAUACGAAUAAAAAACUUGAACACCAAUUUUCAGACUGCCCAUGGUAUUUUAGGGCUCGUCGCAAUGAUAAUGACAGUUGUUAGCCUCCUUGGUGGGCUUACGAAUUUAUUUUUAUCCGGGAACAACAAUCGGCUCCUGAUAAAAACUGUUCAUUCCUGUUUUGGCUCCCUUACUCUAGUCAUCGCCUUCAUAUGCCUCGGGCUUGGAUUCGACAACGCUUUCAGAGUUGUUUUUGGUAACCCUGCGGCUAAUAUGUGUAUAUCUUUCACUGUAUUCGCAAUAGUAGGCAUUGUAUUACCUCCCACACUUAAUACUUUCAAUAGAAUAUUUAACAAAUAAAUUAUUUUUAUUUUAAAUAUUAGUAAAUUUUUAGAAUAUGUUAUAAGUAUACGAUAAUUACACGUGCGGUAACUAAAUGACAGUAUUAUUAAAGGAAACAAAUCUUUAUAUUACCGUUUAAUAUAGAGAAAUUUGUAUGUAUCUACAAAAAAUAUUAACCAAUUUCUAGCCUAUUGCAUAUACAGUUAUUUGUAUACAAAAUUAGGUUUAAAAGGUGUUUUAGUUUUAUUUAUAUAUUUUUAUAUAUAAUUAUUAAGUCUAUAUAUAAUUCUAU